AUGGCAUCUCUGCUGGAUGAAAUUCUGUUUGAAACUGCUGGACAAGGUCCACCUCCCUCUAAAGACUUCUACCAAUUUUGUAUCACACAAAAAGAGCUUAUAUGGAGAUGGUGGAAGAUUUCAGUCCGAACUGAAUUCAGAGGGACAGCACCUGGAGAGAUCAAAAUGUUCCACCAUGACUUUUUGAAUGAUUCAAAGUUGCAGGAGCAGUUAGCUGUGGUGUUUGGCACCAGGACUCUGGAGUACACUUUGGCUUUGUGUCAAGGGCAUUUUGACUACCUGGAACGCUUACCUGACCGGCUGCUCCUUAAAAUCCUUUCCUACAUGUCCAUUCAGGACAUUGGCUGUCUCAGCCAAACCUCAAACAGGUUUAAGAAGAUAUGUAACUCAGAGGAGAUCUGGAAGCAGACUGUGAUGGCUCAUUGUGAUAUGAUAAGUGAAGACAUGGAAAUGCUGGCGAAAGCCAUGGGUUGGAAGAACAUCUUCUUUAAGUUUUAUUACAAACAAGAACAUGGCAACAUGGCCUGUCCUGCAGAGGAAGAAGAUAAAGCCAAUACUGCAUCUCCAUGA